CCGAAGUAAAUACCCUGAAGACAACACUUUUUCUCUUAAGCAAAACAAUACUACUUAUACAUACACUAUCAUUAGUGAAGGAUUUUAUCCACCAACAAGCAUAGUACAUUAUACCGCAGCUUUCUCUCGUAACGGAACUAAAUACAAGAUUCCGGAUAAUUAUUUAGUACAAACAAGAUGGGGCAGAGGACGGUUUGAGGAUAAUGGCCAAAAAUUUGUAAUAGAAUCGAAGGAUUCUUCGACUAAAGCAGCCAAUGAAUAUUUACAAUCUAUGAAAACCAAACAUUCCCGCGCAUUUUCAAUGCAAGUUGGUACUGUCUUUAAAAAUGUAAUUCCAAAGUUCUAUAAUCCGGUUGAUCAACCAGCCCUUCAAGAGUUACGAUUUAAUGUUCAAGAGAAGGAUUAUGUUGUUAGUUUCCAUAAAAAUAGAGAAAAAAAUAAUCAACAUACUGAAGCAAUUACAAAAAUUAUUGAUCAAAGUCCAAUUUCUAGAGAUGCUUGUAGAAAGUUAGCUGCUCUUCAAUAUGAACUACCACGUGAUCAUGCCAUUUUAAGUACUAGGAAAAAAAUUAAUGGAGAGAUGAGUCAACAAAUUCCUAUUUCAAUUUUAAACAUUACAGAUAUACCUCUUACAUUUAUAGCUACAAAUGA